UCCACUCGCCCGCUAUCAAUCAAUUAGAAAGGAAUGCCCUAAAAUUAAAUUACAGCCAAAUAAAAAACCAAAGGGGGAUUUUGUUUGGGGUUUUUCAUUCGAUUUAAAAACCAUGACUGACCUUAACGAAGCUCAUCAACCAAACGUCCCUUUACCUUCCAAACGCAAGCCCACCGCCGAAGACGACGAAAUCGACACCGCCAAAAAAAUCCGUCCAGAAACCACUCCCGCCGCCGCCGUCGAAGAAAAAAUCAUUAACGGCGAAAAAACCGAAACGGAAAAUGACGACGAAGAUUCAGAAGAGUAUGAAGCUGAAGAUGAAGUUGGUUCAGAUGAUGACGAUUCAGAUGGAGAAGAAGAAAAUACGAAUGGAAAAGGAAAAGGAAUAAUGAAGGAUGAUAAAGGAAAAGGAAAAAUGAUUGAAGAAUCUGAUGAUGAUUCCGAUGACGGAAGUGCAACUGAUUCUGACGGUGAUGAUGACCUCUCCGAUGAUCCGUUGGCGGAGGUUGAUUUGGAUAACAUUCUGCCGUCGAGGACGCGAGGUCGAUCUGCGGCUAACUCUGGACUUCGUAUUUCGUCCAAUGCUGCUGAUGGUGAUGAUAAGAAUGUUAAAUGAUUUUAAUUGAGUUUUAUAAAUUUUGAAUUAAUUAGUUUGUUUAUUGCUAGUAUGAAUUUGCCAACAAGUUUUUAGGGUUUUAGAGGUAAUGUUGAUGUUGCUGCUGCUUCUAUUGUUGGUGAGUGAAAGACGGUUGAUGAUUAUGUAAGGAAGUUUUAACA